UAGCUGAACUGAAAAAUUGACUGGUGGAACAAUCUAUGUCGAAUAUCGCGGGUUUUCUCUGGGCACUUUUAAAUAAGUGAUUCAUAAGCACCUGCUCUGUUGUAAACAAAUAUUGAGGAAAGUGGUCUCAGCUGAGAAAGUCCCGAAAAAGAAGUAUUUUUUAGCCCAAAGCGUUUGAAAACAACGGACUGAAUAUCAAUCCAGUGACUUUUAGAGAGAAUAUUCUUUGUUAUUUAUUAUUUACUUUUCCAACGCUGCUGCUCUAUGAAAAUCUUCGUCGACAAGGUAUGUAAAAUGAAUUCUUUGACCACGAUCGUCGCAAGUUAGGCUAAUUACUUGUUGUUAUUCUGUAUACCGUUUACAAGACAUCGACUUCAUCAACGAGAGGGAAAUGUACGACCACUCUCGCAGGGGAUCUCGUUAGGUUUUGUUUGCUUAAGGUCUGUUUAAGGCGUUGUGUUGUUUGCAAACAUAGAAGCGAACCUCUGUCAUUUGAUUGAAACUGACUUCAGCUCCCUAAUUUUCUGUUUAGGUCGUCAGCAAUCGCAUCAACGAUUGGAGUUGCUUCGGUCUGCCACAAUUUUGAUCAGUCCGUGGCUGCAUCAAACAAGUUUUGCGCGGGAUCAUGCCAGUUUCAAACAGUUCAGGAGAAACUUGCAAUGGUUUUGUGUCCAACUGGUUUAAUUGACGUUCAAUAAGAUUCUGUCUAACAUGAGAAUCUGACAAGCUCCAGAAAGGAAUCCUUUUAAUGGUUCGAGGUGCAUUAUCGUUGUAGCCUCGUUUGGUCGAUCUAUUCGCUGUUUAUUUUCGGAUUAUUACGCUGAAUGUAAGUUUGGAAGCACGGAUCUAUGAGUCAGAGGGAAGGAGGGGUGAAUCGACAACGUAGUGUAGAAACAGGUCUUACUCAGGCAAUUCGUCCGAUGUUGAUAUGCGCCUCCGAGUCAAGCGUUUCCGUGAGAAACCAGCAGGUAAGAUUAACGAAUACAUAAUCCCACUUUUUCCGCGUUCUCCUGUUUCUUGGCCGUGAAUAGCAAACUAAAGUGCCCUUUACGGCCUUACACUGGUUAGAAUCACCAUUCCUUAGCUGUAUUCUAACGUAGCAUUUUGCUCUUGUUAUAACUAUAAUCCACACUACAUUGAAGCGAUUUAAAGAUUCUGGCUGAUAUAGAACCUAUUUAUCCGGACAUAGAGACUCCCCUCGGCCCUUUCAAUUUUUAUUGUUUUGAAUACUACACUCUUGCGAUAUGCGAUUUCAUUUUUCCUUUUAAAUUUAAAGACCAGAUGCGUUUGUUUUGUCUUUACCGGGUGUACCAUUAUUUCUGCUGGUGAACUGUCAGGCCCGCAGUGUAAUGCACAUGGCUAUUUACGGAAAGGCACUUUGUCAUAAUAUUUCAGCCGUUAUCGCUUCACUCCCACAAAAUGCAGUGCGUAUCGCAUAGUUCAUUAUUUUGUAAUUUUUAAAUACACACCUUCUUUUGCAAGGACUAUUUUUGUUCUUUAGUCCUCCUUUUGGGAUUUAAUCAGUAUGUUGAAAUUAAUAUUGGAAUCAGCCAAUGAUAAAUAUGUAAUGUUUUAGGAUUCCAUCCAUUAGUGUUAGCAAAGGUUUAUUAUUCUGUAGUCUUUGAAAAACUAUUCUCAUCUGAAAAGCUGAACAGGUGUUGUUUAGAAUUCAGUUGUUUGCAAAUUUAAGGAAAGGGUCAAAACUAACUUUUGGGGGCAAGAAUUAUUUUCCUUCUUUGUGUACUUUAAAGGGGAAAAGGGAUUGGGCUGAAUUAUUUUAUUGUUUAAAUAGGGACAAAACAACAGUGUUUGAGUGUGGAAGGAAAGGUUCUUAUGGUUCAAUGCUGUAUGAUUUUUUCAAGGCUCAGAAAUUUGGAACCCUAAUUACAUGUCUAUGUGAAAUACUAUGCUAGUCUCAUAUUACAGGGUUAUCCAUAUUCCCUGUGAAAUAUCAGCUUCACCUUUUGGUCUGAUGAAACAAAAAUAUAAUGCUUUUGUUGUUGUGAAAUCCCCUCUUCAGUUAGAGUUUUAUUGAAUGUUUUUUCAGUUAUUUGUUAAGACAGCUUUAAAGUAUGAACAAUAUGUCAGAUAUACAGAUAUGUAGGAGUUACAUGAAUACUAAUAUCAUUAAUAAACAGUGAUCCUCAAGAUACUACAUGGGAGUUGGUCACGUUGUUUUAACAGUAUCACUGACGUGUCAUGUGAUGGACUGUCAUGAGGAGAGCUAUAAGAGAAUUCAUGUAUACAUGCUAAAACAAAUUUCCAAUGAUCUACAAAUUUUUUCAUAUGGUAAAUGGAAAAAUUUAUUCUAUUUUGCAAGUGUUAGGUCUCUUAACUGAUAUUCUCAAGUAAAACAUUGUGAAGUGACUUGUCAUGAGACAUAUAUCUGCUAGCAUACUUCUUUUUUUUUUUAAGUCUCUUACCAAAUCCUUGAUCGUUCAUUCUUUAGGGCUCCGAUCAGCUUUCUGUCUCACAGACUUCCGAGUCAAGAAUGGCAAAGAUGAAAAAAAAAAUCAGUUCACCCUUGCCAAAAAGGAAAAGUACAGGCAGUGGUAAGUCAGAUUUUAUAAAUACAGUUUAUCCCAAUGAAAAAUAUCAACCAAAGAUAUUUAUCGAAUGAUUUUAAUCUUGUGUCUUGACUAGAAGCAAGUAUAUUUAGCAUCAUCCUUGUCUGAUCAGUGGCUACGUGUUAGUAAUUGUUACCCAGCAGAAUCACAUUAAUAAAUAGUACUGUAAAUAUGAAAUGAAAAAGUAAUAUGAGAUAAAUUCAAUCCAAAUGUUUAUAAUAUUUGAGAGGGGAAGCAAAUCAUAUGAUCUCUGUGAUUAGGAAAGUGGUAGAAAAAAUAAAGGAGUAUCAUUGCAAAUAAAUGCUAACAGAUGAAUAUUGAUCAAAUAAAUAUAUACAUAAAAUCAACCAAAAACACCAUCAAAAUUGUUAUAGGGCAAACCCAAAAGUUAUACAAAUAUCCACAAAAGUGCAACUUUCUAAAGACUGUAUCUAGCACACACGAUAAUUUUAUGUAUGAUGAUGCUUGCAUAGUAAAAAUUUCACGAAGCGUACCAGAAUCCCAGUUUCUUAAAUGUCUCCUAAGAGGUACUUUGUAUUUAAGGCAAAUGAAGGUGAAGUAGAAAUAAUUUUUCUCAGCCCUUAACUCCAUAAAAUUCCUUCCCCUAGGUACUGUAUGGUUGGGCAUAAACAUUGUUUUUGUUUGUGUUCCUUUUUUCUUUUUUUUCGUUCUCUUUAAUUUCUGUUAUCUCUUAUAUGUUCUUAUACCAGAACAUUUAUAACUUGUAUUUAUCCUGUUUGGAUGUUGUAAUUUUUGUGGCUUGUAAACCCCUUUGGAGAAUCAAUUUAUAUCCAGGCCAUUUAUGAAGGGCUAUGUUUGUAGUUGUAAUGUUUGAAACAUCAGCUUUAGAAACUCUUUAUAGUAGCCAAUUUAUAUUAUCAACUCGUUUUAAAAAAACAUUGCUAUGGUUGUACUCUUGGAUUCCUUUGUUGAAAACAGUUUAUAAACUGGCAUAUAUAUUGACAAUUUUCUCUGUUUUCUAUUUGUCAUAACUGUACCAAAUAAAAAAUUUCAAAAUGGUCUGAACAGAGAAAUAAUUUGUACUUAAAUAGGCAAUUUACUUUGUCAUUUUCUUAAUUGUACAUUUAUAAUGGCAGUUUAUUUUUCAUUGUAAUUCUUACUAUUUGAUGUGUGUGUUUUUCCAGGUGCCAACAGGACCUUCGGAGUUUCUAUUGAUGAGUUACUGAAGCGGUCUGAAGGAUGUGAAAUACCCCCAAUCAUCACAAGCAUUGUAGAAUACCUCAAAGAGCACGGUAAUGUAGUUAAUGUAUGUUAGCUUUUUUUAGGGGGGGCAGAGGGAGGAAAUCAUGAUAUCACUGUUUGCUACAUAUAUACAUGUAUCUGUACUCAGUAACCUUGAUUCUGUCACUUAGGUCUAAACCAGGAAGGAAUUUUUCGAAUAAGUGGUAAUCAUAAGGUGGUUGAGUCCCUCAAGGCAACAUACGACAGAGGUAAUGUUUAAAUCCUGUUUUAUCGCUAUAGUGCUACCAUUUAAGUUAGAGCGCAUUUCAAUUGAGUCUUAAAACCAAAACUAAAACAAUCACAAUAGCCAAUUAUGGCAAGAAAAAUAUCACUAGGGGCCAACAAGAAAUUGCAGUAAACACAAGAGGCUAGGUUAUGAUAGGUUUUAGCUGUGAAACUGAUUGGUUGAAAAAGUGGGGCAAGUUUUCUGGACAAUCACAUGAGAAAGUAAGGCAAAGGCAAGGUAAUCGUGGAUUAUUUUCACUACUCAAUGGAAAAUUGCUCUUUAUACUGGGAAAAAAUAAAUUAAACUGUCUUGAGGUGUCUGGUUUUCUAAAGUAGUGUCUGCAGAAUGGAAAAUAACCUUUGUAUCUUGAAAAGAUAUGAAUUCUAUCAAGCUUCCAUUUCGCGAGACAAAAGAGAAAUGUGGCCAGACAUGUUUUUGAUGUUACUAUUUAUUGUUUUAAUUUGGAAAUUUUUUUGACUGGAAAUCUCCCUGUAACUUAUUAUUUUUAUCAAAUUUGUCCAUAAUAAUUAUAUUGUUUGAUAUCUGUCAAUUUUUAUUUUACAUUGUCUUGUGACAGAUAGUAAUUUUUGCAACUCUGGUCUUGAUGUGAAAAAGGGUAAUUUCUUGUGUUUGUGUUCACUUCCAUCUAGACGGUGAAGCCAACUUGGAACAAGUUGGAGAUGUUAUGGCUGUUGCUGGAUUACUUAAACUUUUCUUGGUAAGAAGGGAGUAGUUGACUACAUGUACUUGUGAUUGAUUCAUAGAUUUGUCAAUUAAUUAUCUUACUUUCUGUUGGUUGAUUUACUGUGAAGCAGAAAGUGGCAGUCAUGUUUAUAGGCACACAUCAUAAAGUUCUUCCUUUUUGACUGAAAUCUCUUUUCUGAUGGCAGGGGGGGGGGCUUUUUUACAGAAUGUGAAAUUUUAAAGAAUGAUGAAAUGUUCUUGCUUAUACUACUUAACACCAAUGCUUGUUUAAAUGGUUGUUUACAUUUAUUAGAGAGAACUACCUGAGCCACUUAUUCCUCAAGAUAUGACAGCAGAUUUCAUCAAAGUUUAUCAAGGUGUGAGGGGAAUUAUGUCCUAACAAUGUGCAUGUCACAGCUAAUGUGAUACAUAUAAUGAAGAGAAAAUACAUGGGUUUACACUGAUUGGAAUUUCUCUGUGAAUUUUCAACUAGAUAUCUAUCAACUGAAGUGAGAUAUUGAGUAGAAAUAGUAGUUCAUAGUAGUUCGUUAAUUUCCUUGUAAAUUUACUUUCGAGAUAACUGAGUUACCUCACUGAGACUUGAUAUAUCUACCCGAGUCUUGUGAGGCGGCCACAGAUGUCAUGAAUGGCCACAAGAAACAAAAUCGACGUAACCAAAUUUGCAUUCGCUAGAAGUCUGCAAGAAGUGGUUUAUUUUUCAAGUCUGCGUUGGCAGCAAAUGAGUUACCAAGUUUUCCCCGAUUAUGUGAUUCGCACUGAAUUCACUCAAAAGGAGAAUUUAUAGGUUAAUCAUUAUCUGACAUAAACUUACUCAUAAGAAAUUUCAUAUCUACACAUGCUCAUGUAUUAUUCUCAAUUUUGUGUAUUAUGUAAAACUCAGAGGCUUUUACUGCAUGGAAAAAAAGCCUUGGAUUGAGAAAGAUGAAUGCACUGCCAUCAUUCAUCAACAUGAUAGAGUGGCAUAAAAGACAAGUGAUGUGUCAGCAGCUGAUUGGGGAUAUAGAACAGAUAUUAAAAAUUAUUGUAAUUGCAGUUACAGCUUUUCUUAGGGUUGGAAAUCAUUUUAAAGCACAUCAGUUUAUAUAGAAAUAUUUUUUUCAAACAAUAUCCUUUAAACAAUUUCCAGACUCCUAAAUUAUUAAGACAUAUAUGACUUGUACUCUUUAUUUAUUGUAUAUGUUUCUUGGUACUUGUUUUAGCACAUAAAGAUGAUGGUGGGGGUCUAUCUGAUAUGAAGGCAUUGCUAGAGAAGCUUCCAGCAUCAAAUUACCACUUGCUCAAGUACCUUUGCACUUUUCUUGUAACAGUCUCUAUGAGUGAAGGUAAUUUAGUAGGUGAAUUUUUCUAUAGCUAACCAUUUGAGCUGUUGUCCAUCAUUGCACUGUUUAAUUACUCACGUGUUUUGUUGUCUUCCACAGAAAACAAUAAAAUGAGUUCAACAGCUUUAGCCAUUGUGUUUGGACCAAACUUUUUCAGGUAACAGGCCAAUGUGCUUUUGUUGUAUAGUUGCUUAUUAAAGUAAGGUUAUUAAUGAUUGCCUGUACAAAUUGGCAAGCUAUCCAAUCAUCUUGAGUGACUAUUUUAUAGCUGGUAUUAUCAACACUUGACAGUUAAGUUUAAAGUUAAAUGUACUGACCCCUAAGAGUGACUUGUAUCUAAUUCUUCCUUGCAUUAUCACCCUUGAAUCGAUCAUUAAGGUUAAUAAAGGGGAAUGGUCACAAACUGAAGAAGCUCUUGAAUGUUGAAAAAAAUUUGCCUUAUCAGCACCUUAGGGAAUGUGUAGAGAACAGAGGGGAGAAUUUGUAUACUGGUGUUAGGGUAUAAAGGGUUAAAAGAUAUGGUCAUGGUUAAUGAAUCACAAAUUGUAUUGUUACAGAUGUGGUGAUGGAUUAGAAGGUCUGCGAGAACAAGGACGCACUAAUGCAAUAGUUGGCAGGUUUAUUGAAGAAUUUGACACAUUAUUUGAGGUUGGUAAUGCCUUUGGUCCAUUCUUAACUCUUGCAAACAAGUUUUUAUGUGGACUCUGAUAUGCAAAUGAGUCACUCGCUGGCUCACUAAGUUGUAGACACUGCCUUAAUUAGUUGUCUCAAACUUGCCUGAGCAGGAAACCAUAUUGGAGUUGCAACCAUGCAUAAAAUGACAGAGAGGCCUCAUUACAGUUUAUACUAAGCAGGGUUGCUUUAAAUGUCACUUUCCAAGUGAAUGAAAGUUUAUCAAGUUUGAGCACAAACCAAAAUUUAAUACUGUGAAUCGCUUUGAUUGUUUAUGAUCUGAUAUAAAAUAAGAACUGAGGUCAUUGUUUUACAAUGCAAAUAUUUAUUGAGUAACUGGGGGGCAAAACCUGAGAUAGGAAUGGAAAGUAGUCAAAUUUGGCUUGUGCAAGCAAAGAUUUGGUUUGCAGCAUCUAAAUUUGAUAAAUUUUGCCAACAGAAAUUUAAUAAACACAGGAUACUAUUUUGUGCUGUUUUUGAAGAUUUAUCUGCAUUUAUUAAUCUGCAAAGCUGGGUAGGCACCAUAUUUGUGGAUCUCUCCAUGAUUUUGGAAGCUUGGCUGUUAAGAUAACAGCAACCUUGCAUUGCUACAAAGAGCAGUAAUUACUAGUGCACAACCAUGUUUCAUCUCUAGAUUAAGUACUUUAUGCACAAGUUGGCCACAGGUAUUCUUUGAUUUACUAAAAAGAAGUUUAGAUUGUUGUUGUUCACUCACUUUCAUUUGUUAUACUUUCUCAUUAUAAUAAAGGCCUAAAAUUUUCACUUUAUAGGUGUCUCCCUAUGCCACUACUGACAUAUUCAGAGUUCAAGAAACAAAGUGAGUUGUUGUGCUCUUUUUCACCCAUUUACACCUCAAAUAAUCCUACUAUAAAGAGAUCAACAUUUGAAGAAGCUUCUAAACACAGCUUUAGAAGUUUGAAAUUGUUCUGACUCAACUGUUGUGUAGAAUUCUAGAGAUUUAUGACUCUACAGUCAUGUGAUUGUAGACAUGGAUAGAUAUUACAGUAAAUCGGCAUGUAGUGAUGUCUUGCCUUAACUAAAUAGCCAUGUUAGCUAACAUCUCUUGUCUUAUUUUUAGGACAAAUGACCAUCCAACACUACGGAUACCCAACAAAUCACUACAAAAGGUGUGUUGCCAGUAUAGUCCAUUGCAGUAUUGGCUAAGGUUUCCAUGACAAGUUGUAGGGGACCAUACAGUGUGUGUAUGUACCUCCUGGGUGGACAAAGGUGUUUGGUUAUCAAAUUUUUUUGAUAAUGGGAAUGUACUAUGCUGUUGUAAUGACUAGUCUCUUUUACAGAUUGUUAAUGAAAAGAAUGAAAGCUCAGCCAGUGACGAGGACUCAUUUCAUCUCGUGGGAGAGAAAGAGAAGGCUGGAGAAGAUGGCCCCACUUAUGCCACAGUAAAGAAGCCAAAAAAGUCUCCACAGUCCUCCACUCAGUAAGUAACUACUCAAGGAUUUCUCCUUCUUUUACUCAUACUCUUGCCAUACUCUUUUCGAGAAUUUUCCCUUCAUCCCAGCUUUCAUUGGAAUGAAGCAAUUACCAUAGAUAAUAAGUUUGGUAUCUGGUAAUUAACCACUUAAUAUUUUUUUCAAAUUUUUUUAUAAGACUUUGGCUUCAAAAAUCAAAUUAUGUUGCAUAUCACUAGUAAAAUGGAGGGUUUGAUGUCUUAAGGAUACUAGGUUAAUUCAGGAAACAGCCACUACUUGCUGUAGCAGUGACAUUUGUUGGGAUUUUAGUUUUGAAAAUUUCACAUUGAAUCAAACCAUGUCCCCUCAGUUGAUAUUUUUCUUUCUUUUCGUCACUUUUAUGCCUAAUGAUGUACUGAUAUUGGCCUCUCUUGUGAUUGAAAGGGUUAGCCAGUCAUUUACUACAAAGUGCAAAUAACCAAGUGUUGUCUAUAGGAGGGAGGAUUGGAAUAAAGAUGUAGAAAAGUUUGUAGGGUGUGGUUUACACGAGCUUUUGACCCAUUAGGUUUCAAGGUUAACUAUGGAGAAAUUACAUUUAGCUACUCAUUCUGCCAGACAGUGGCCUGUGAGCUGUGUGCCUUCUUCCUUGGUCAAAACAAUAUUCAUUGACAGUUUUGUGUUAAAUUUUACAUCUGAUUAUCCACAAAAACAUUGACCAUUUAUGGUAACUGUUAAUUUUGGCAUAACCUCAGCCUUUGUUAUGAAUACAGCACUCCUCUACAUAUACCUCUUGUGACAAUGGUUCAUGAGGUUAACUUUCCCCUGAAUCCAAUUUUUCCUUUAGUUCAGCUAACGAUGCGAAUUUAUCUCCUCCAACUUGUCUUAUCUUGCCUUAUCUUGUUUUAAAUGGGUGCAGAUGCUGUUCACAUCCUAAGAGCAGCUUGAGACAUAAUGCGUGCACUAGUUUUAGUGAAACACCAUAUGCACUCUGGCCACUUUUAGGGAACUGAAAAAAUGCCACAGGUUGUACUCUUUGUAAUGGAAAUGAUGUAAGGAAAUGUAAACUGCAUUGUCAGCAAAAUUGCUGAAAUACCCAAAAUAAUUUCAGAGUCAUGACAAUUGACUAGUUGUGUUCCUUAAGUGUACAGAUGCAUGUUAGUUCUUGAAAAAUUUGAGUGAAACAAUGAUAAGGUAUAGUUGGCAGCUAAAACAUUCUUAAAGUGUUUUGGAUAAGAUAAUAAUGUUUCGGAUGUUUCUCUUAAAUAUUUAUCUUGGCAUUUCAUGCAAUUUAUUAGGGAAAAUUGUUUGUUUUUAAAACAACCCAGUGGUGCUAUAAUGGAUUCAGUGGUACACAUAAUGGCCAGGACAAAUUCUUUUAGUUUAGUUUAGCUUUACCUUUAAUUUUGAAUUGCAAACUGCACUUUGAUACUGUGUGUUAUUGUUUUAAUAACUGGAACAUGGAUGGCAUUCUAUACUUACUUGGAAGUGAUGUGUGUGUGAUGUUAUCUCUUGCAAGGGUCACAAUAUUAAUUACUGUAAAGAUUUGCAUGUCUUCCUAUGCAAAUGAACAUCUGAGAAAUAUUGGUUGUGUUCAUGGCUGUGGAACAAGUAUUUUGUUUUUCACUCUCUCUAAGAUCUCACUUGUAAAUUAACAUGACUAAGCUUUUCCUGGAGUAUUAGAUAAAGAAGAUUGCAAGGUUUCACUUUUUCACAAGAUAAGCUUCAUUUCUGUCACUAUACAGUUUUUUUUUUAUAUGUGAAAUUUAUUCAAAAGUCAUUGCCACAGACAUGUAUUGAGAUGCAAAGGGAUUGACACAAUUAUGUUUGAUGCAAGGUAUGGCACAUCUCUAACCAAGAUAAUUUCAAUCAGUAGAUAUGUCUCUUGCAUUUCCCUACCAUUUCUUUCAAUUAUGUCAUUAUACAGGGUUAUGAUUCUUGUUAUUUCCAAUGUAGCUGGGCAAAAAUUAUAGUGGUGAUUGGGCAAAUGGUUGACAUUGUUUUAGCACUAUCACUUUUCUGCUUUGCUAAGCUUUUUGAGCUUGACCAUGUCAAACUUACAUUUUUUAAUUUUCCCAUGAAAAGCUCAUCUUUGGUUGUGUUGACAGGCUAUGAAGUAGCCAUUAUUUUAGGAUCUGAAGUAUUUUUCACACAAAAAAAUUUAAAAUAUCACAUCAGAAAAAACUGGAAAGCAUUUUCCUGUGUGCCUUGAAUAUGCAUUAUGCUUGAUUGAUAUAGAAAUCAAACAGAAUGGCAAUUUACUGGGGCAGAUGUUCUGUAUAUGCACAUUUUGUGGGCAGUUUACAGCAGCCACAUUGUCUGAGGGUUUCAUAAUUAAAUUAUUACUUUGAAAUUCUCAAGGAAGAUGUGUGUCAUUUUGAUAAGUGUUAUGUCAAAUAUUAGAAAUCUGAAAUUCAACUUAUGUAGCAGGGUUCUCACGAAAGCUCAAUGUUUUCUUUUUUCGUUAUGGCUGUGAUGUAGAUGAAAUAGACUUGUGUUAUUUGACAAUUUGACAAUCCUUUCCUGCCCUGAAUAAUUAAAACAGUAUGUUAUUUAGGAUGGAAAUACACUCAGUGCAGGUGCUAUAGUAGGCAAUUAUUGAUUUAUUUGUGUGCCUUUGGUGAAUUUUAUAAUUUUGGGAUGAACAUUUGUCCAGCCUUCAUAAUUUACGAUUGAUUUUCUUUUAGUAUAACACCGCACUCAGAAGACCUGGAUAUGUAUGUGAGGUCUGUUUCACCAUCAUGGAAUACUCAACAAAGGUAAAUUUGACAACAAAUACACUAUCUGAGGGUAAAGUCAUCUGUCAUGUAUGCCAUGAAUGUCUGCAUGUAUGGAUCAAAUGCUUAAUUCCAGACUUUUGUUCUGAGGGAAUGUAAAAUGAUGAUUUAUGGUUUUACUUCUACAUUUAAGUGCAUAAUCCCUUAAUUUUUUUUCCUAUGUUCUUUGUGACUGUCUUUUGGUGCAACACUUCAGAUUAAACUCAUAUGACUCACUUGAAACUGGGACACAAUGCUGCAUUUAUUCAGACAUUCAUGAUCUUGCUUGUAUUGGCAUAGCACUUUGAAAAUAGAAAAUUGCAUCACCCCUUAUAUAAUUUGCAACUAUACACCAGGAUCAGGUUAAAUACUAUCUCAUAAGUGUAUGCUUAUUCUUAGAUGUUUUCUCAGUUGUUUUUAUAUAAAGACACUACUGUGUAUCAUUUUGAGUUUUUUUGAACAUGAUAAUUUUUGGCAAACAUAUGAUAUGUGAAAGUGGACUGUUGGUAAAUUUUUCAUUGUCAUGUCCCUGCCUCUAUUUUUUUUUUUUUUUUUCUUUUUUUUUUUUCCCAUCAAUAGUGGCCACAGAGAAAAUGUUUGCCAACAAUGCAAACAAUUUUGCUCUUUUGCAUCAUGGAAAAUAGCUUUUACUUCAAGACCUUUUACAGCCCUUUUCAUGAUUGUAGAUGCAUCUUUUAUAGGAGUGAUUUAACAAAAAACAGAGAAUAGCUGAGUGAGUGAAUGUCAUGACUCACGAGGGUUGAAAAGGGUCUUGAAAUUGGUUAAGGUCCUUGAAAGUAUCUGAUUUCUUUCUCUCUUGAAAUUUGAAAGUAGUUCAUUAAUGAUUGAAAAACAAUCACUUUGUGCAGUUGCCUUACUGUGGUUUGACAAGUGAUAUAUAUUAUUAUUAUUAUUAUUAUUAUUAUUAUUGUUAUUAUUAUUAUUGAUAAGAAUCAUACAGUAUUUAAGUUGUCACAAUUAACUUCUGAAACCUCUUUCGUUUUAUUAAAAAUUAGAAGGAAAAAAAAAUCAAAUAUGAAAAAAAUGCAAACAAGUACCAGUAUUCACAUAAAUUGUAGUGAGGAAGUAAAACAGAACGAAUCUAAUAAGUUUAUCAGUAAACUGUUAACUAAUUAAGCUGUUGCCAAAAUGAUCUUUUUUCUGGUGAUUUUAUCCCAUUUUCCUCAUUUAAUUCUCAUUCCUUGUUUUAAAUAUCAAAGGGAAGAGUUUCUGAUUCAGAGGUUUCAUGUAAUCUGGCUUGUGUAAACUUGGUGCAGUAGAUUGGUCCGUAGAUUGCGUACAUCAGAAAAGCAUGAUGAAUUGAAUUUUGCCGCCUAGAAAUAGUUGGGUAUGCACCUCUAAAAAUGUUUGUAACUCCUUACCUUUCCAGUGAUUCAGGCCCCAUACCAGAAUCUACCAAGCCCCCUGCUGGCAAGGAGUAAGUAUUGGUAGCACUAGAUACAGAUUACAGUUGAUUGUAUAUAGGGUAUCACAGGAUUUUGUUACAAACUGGGAAGUACGUUGACCUUUUAUUUACUUUUUGAGGGCUAAGCAAUUAAAGCUCAGGUCCUUAUGAUAAACUGCUAAUGAGCGUUUUAAUUGCAAGACCUACUCUCUGAUGUACAUGUACAUCUCUAAUCACAGGCCAAGUCAGAGUUGAACAAGAGACUUCAUCAGAAUACCUGUCAGCUUUUAUAUAUUAACUAUAUGGUUUUACAUUAUGCCCUGAGAUAGCUUAUAAGCAUGGACAUAACAUGAAGCAUUGAAUUAUGUUUAUUUUUGUAUUUUAGAAUUGUACAAAAAACAAUCAAUGACACCAUCAAAGAACACUUGUUUGGGCCUGACCUGACGUCUACAGAUGAAAACAGCCCACACUCACCAGAGUCAGGAGAUGAAGGUAUGUUAACAAUGAAAAUGAUAAGCUGUUGUGCAUCAUCACGGCUAAAGGGUGAAAUGACGUAUGGUGUGUACAAUCACAAGGAACACUUCUUUAUACCACUUCUGAAAUGUAAUCUUCUCUUCCAUGUGCUAUAGAUUUCCUUUUAACUAUGUUUGAAGAGUGCGGUGUUAUUUUGGGAUAAAACCCUCCAGUUGAUGUGUUAGUCUAUUUUUGUCACCUACUUGGUGGAUAAUGUUGUGAUAUAACAAAGAAAAGUUACUUGUUCAUCACUCCUACAGGUUUUAACCCUUUGACCUCCUAUAAUGACCAGUAUCUAAUUUCUCCUCACAAUAUCACCCCUGAAUCAAACAUUAAGAUCAUGAGAAUAAAGCAAAUGAUCACCAACGAAAGAAGCUCGUGAUUUUAAAACAAAUUCCCCUUUUUGGCACCCAAGGAAAUGUAUGGAGAACAGUUUGGAGAAUAUGCGAACUGAUGCUUAGGUGUAAAGGGUGAUAGAAUGAAAUAUUUGGAGCUAAAGCUAGUCUUGGUUUCCAUAGGAUAAGGCCAUUAGGCGUUUUGUUACCCCCAUUCCCCUCCCCCUUAGGAGGGAUGUAUUUCCAUUACAGUGAAUUUACCAGUUAAAGCUCAAGUGUCCUCACGAUUCUCUCGAGCAGUUUGUCGGUUUCCUUUUAAACUGUUGGGUGGAGUGGUUACUGCUGAGGUGGAGUAUUUUCUCUAAGAACACAACAGAAUGACCUCAGUUUGGGCUCUCGCACCACACUCACUAGCGAAACCCUUUGUUGAACCAAACUUUAUUCCAAAUGCUUCUGAGGGUUUCUGCUGUGUGCUUAUCUUAGUAACAGGUCCACCACUACCAAGUCGUAAUUACACGGAUGAGGAAGCUAGCAAACCAAGGAGGAGAAGGAGAAGAAAUGUCAAGAGUCAGCUAGAGACAUCAGGUUGGUGAAUUUAGCAGUAACUGAUGUGAACAAGUGGUUGAGACUCACUGAGGAUAAGUGAGAGCAUAUGAAUUACUCUGCUUAGGUAGCCUUAUACUUUGCAUAAUGUAACAUGGCAGCAACAACUGUUGGCUCUAAGGUAAAGCCAUUGUACUUCCUGUGACAUGUUUAUCCGCCGUUAGUUGUGUUGGUUUUGCUGUUACUGUCGUUGUUAUUGUUACUGCGCCCGCGAAAUUGGCUAACUACAGCGCUCGAAGUAUCUAGCAGUAGUAGUGGUAUUAUUUAUGUCACCACUGUCUUUUCUCAAAAAUGUGUAAACUCAAAUAGUUAACUUUUUUCUUCGUUUGCAGAUUCAAGCGGCAUUGUUGAAAACAGUAACCCGCUAAAGAAGGUUACAAAGGAAGCUGUGGACUUGCUCACUAAAGAUGAAGAAGACCAGGUUAAGAAGGGAAGUGUGGUGAAACCUGUGAAGAAGAGACCCAAAUCUGAAGGAUUUGAAUUGUUCGAAAAGAAGGGAAUAGUUAUUGGUGUGGUAAGUGGCUUUUUUAUCUCGUUGUUUUUGUUAGGAACAUGUCAAGCAAGUCAUGGAGAGAUUUGCGAUAAGAUGAUGAAACAAAGUUGAAGGAACUGGUCGGAUGCUGUCCAGACCCAUUUAUAAACCAUGAUUAAGAGAAUAAUCUGAAUUAUCUGAAGUAGAGGAAAAGAAACUUUAUUGUGGUUUUCACAACCUCCAAACGAACCAAAAAACAAAUUCAAGCUCAGUGGAACGUUGAGUUUGUUACAAAGUUUCAAAAUCUGUCAUUGGGGAUUGACAAACAAUUGGAACACUUCAUUACACUUACUGAAUUUCUAAGACAUACGGACAAGCACUCAAAGCUGCAUGGCUGACAUUAUUCAGUAUCAGAAUUGGGUGGUACACCCUUUCGCUGCGCCCACUCUUUGAGAGCGACAACUUUGCUUGUGGUUUUUAAGCGUUCUAUUUCCUCUUAUUUCAAAGGACGAGAACAGCAAUUACAUAUUCAGCUCUACAUUUCCUCGGAAAAACGAUGGUCAAAAAGUGAGUGGAGAUUCUGUUACCCAGCAUCAUAAGCGCUUUUGCACAAGAGGUUUCCAAUUUUAGUUAUAAACCUCUGUUAAGGUUGCUGGCCUGUUAGAAAAUUUGAAUCUUCAGUUCUAUCCCUCUGCAGCUGUUUUUUUGGUCACGUGACGCAACGCGUUCUCUAUCCUGCCAACGUUGCGUCACUAUACCAAACAACGGCUGCAAAGAAGACUGUACCCAUUUAUCAACAACUAAUGCUGCAAUGGCAAAUUUUUCUGAACAAAAUUAACUUUGACAAGGUGGUUUUUGGUGAUAAAGACAGGAAAUUGUUCAUUAGAAGGUUCCUUAGUCCUAAGGCGGACAAACGAAUUUUGAACCCCAUUGUUGAGGUAAAGCUUUCCAAGACAAAUUAUGCUUGAGUGGUUAAUAUGGAAAGGACGCUGAUCAAGAAAAAUUUUCGCUUGGGGAUAUGGCGGAUGAGUUUUCCUUGAUUUCAUAGCGUAAACACGGCUAAACUUAUCUAUAUCUCAGUUGUGGUACUCUUUUUAAAUAGGCAGUUAGUUUAUCAUAAGUUACUACACCCAGAAUACAACAUCACCACAACUUGUUCCUCGUCACGUUUACCAAUUAGCUUUCGCCCAGUCAACAAAGAGUGUUGAAUGGGAGAAACAUUGUGACUUGCUCGCAAACGCAACUGAACCCAGUGGCCAGUGGCGUUUGUGUGCAAGACACAAAAAGGAACACAAUAUUUGUCGAAUUCCGGCCUCAGGUACCGCUUUCUUCUAGGCUUGUAAAACGUACUCAAAACCCUUUGUUACAAGUUCUUUUAUCUGCUUGUUUGCUGCAGAAUGACGAGGAUAUUUAUCAAGAAAUAUUAGGAACAGGUAAAAGUGAUCCUCUGUUCAGCGUGAGCAGGACCUCUGAGAUUUUGGAAUCUUUGACGCGUAAUAGGGCAGCUCCUCCUAAAAAUAGACGAAGGCCAAGCCUGAAGAAACGACACGAAACUAGUGAGAUUUUCUCAAACGAAGAUGAUGAAUACUCGGACAAGGUAUGAUUGGUGAAUGCCAAUAUUUAUCCCUAGUACUUAUGAAGUAAUUUUGAAAGUGUGCGCUCCAUAGGCUAUCAAACCUACCAUUAAGUUAGUCCGCUUCUUGCCCUUUACAAGACCUGUACGUUUGUAAGUGAACUUUUAUACUUCUUGAUGCUGUGGAGCUAACAUUUACCUGUAAAUCCAUUACCUUACGUCUAAUUUUUUAAGUAUCCUUCACUAGUUGUGCCACAGUAAGGUUGAGUACAAAAACUUUGAACGCGCAAAAUUCGAUUGCCAUAUUUUAAGUAUCGCAAACGCCCUGAUUGGUUACACCGGCAUAAUAGCUUUGUUAUAAAAGCAAUUAGAGCACACUGUCACACGUUCUGUUGGUUUAUCGGCGUAAAAAACUCACUUGGGAUGUUGAGGGAACACUGAAAAUGCUGGUAAAUAACUCACCUCCGGCUCGUGUUUUGUAAACUUUUCUUACGUUCUCUCUCCAUCCCUCGUAGAUUUGUACGCCAGUAAACGGAUAGAAAGGGCGGCUAUUGCUUAAACGAUUGACGCAAGUUAUAAAUUAAAUUUUAAGAGCCAAACAGUCCAGAUUAGGUGAAAAGGGAACAAGGAUGAUCAAUGAUCAAGCGUGGAGACAAUUAGCGUGCAUUGAAAUUGAAUUCAAAAUACUAUUUCGAUGAGAUAAUAAAACAAAAAAGAAGAUAUUAUGGAGCGAAAGGGAACGGAAAUGAUUUGGCACGGAAAAAAUUGAGAUGGAUUGCGAAUAACAAAGUUUUUUUUUCAAGAUAGACAAUUAGGACCUCGCGAUGUUAUGAUUGUGUUGCCUGGUAAACUUCCAAUGGUUUUCCCAUAGGAUGAUCAACAGAGACAAAACAAGUCAAAGGUACAUCCUUUAGUUGAUGAAGCAAAGAAUAAAAAUGUAGUGUCGACAACACCACCUAUAUCACCUAGAACCUCCAGAUCAUCAAGGAUUCAGCUGCACUCAGCUUCAUCCAGGCAAGAGGUGAGUGAUGAUGGUACUCUUCUACUUAAUGAAAAUAAAAGCGCAUAGAAAUCAAGAGCGCACUAUACUAUUGUUUGGUAGAAAUCUGUUAGUCGUUACAAACUUAACAUCACGACAGGCUAUUGUUUUUAUUGAAUAAUGAGACAAACAAGUCACGCCGCAUGCAAUUGGGCUACUCACCCUAAUCGCUAACUGUUACGGAAUUGAUAGUGAGUAGCUCAGCCAAUCAGAUUGCACCAUUUUUGAUAUUACGCUAUCUGCGUUAUUAUAAUUUACAGGCUGGAUAAUUUAUUAGAGCUUGGUUCCUUAGAGGUUUUUCAUUAUUUUAACUCAAUUAAGUGGAGUGUUUGCAUAAUUAAAGGCUCCAUUCAGGCGGAAUGACCACUACUGGCCAACCCCUUAGCCUUUAAGCUUUCGGCCCGGUGAGGCUUGAAAAGAAACUGAGCAAAAUUUUUUGUCUACUUCGUUCCUGGUUACUCUGUUGGAGCUAUAUUGUAUUUUUCUUCUAGCAGGGCGAAGUGGAUGAAGUAGAUUCGUCAUCGUUCAGACCCAGGAAGGAACUUCUUACCAAGCAGUACAAGAAAAAGCAUCACGGAGCACCCAUUGUCCCUCCAUUAGAGCUCUACAAGCUUCAGCAGCAUGAUGACGGCAUACAGCUGUCUCCCAGGGAAAGAUACGAUGGGUUCGGCACAGAUGAAGCAUUAUUGUCCCCUAGAUCUCGGCCCCUUACCAUUGAUACCCGCACCAUUCCUCACGAGUGUCCUCCAUCACCGCCCCAUGAGCAGAUAGAGCAUUCCUGGUUUGAACGAAGGUAACGGACUUGUGCCAUGUGAAAAGUGUUGUUGAAAGGGGGCUAAACCACGGGGGAUUUGAAAUGAAGUAGCUGCCGGAAGUUGAGAAUUGUUUCCUCCGGCGCUCUUUACCGAUCUUUUGUUUGCGCCAUUUACUGUUUUAUAGUUGCUGGAAGGAGACUAAUGGUUGCGUAAGCUCCAGUAAUGUUGGGAAAUGUGAUAUAGACUGCUGUGUAGGCGCUAGGUUUCAAGCUGGUACUCUACUAUUGAAGUGAAUCUCCCCUAGGAGUACACAUGGGACCAGCGUAAUUAUUGUCAGAGAAAACUUAAGGAACUGUGAGGGUGAGCUGCGGUGGACUGGCAUGAUUUUUAACAAUACUAUUCGUCCCAUAAUGCUCCAGACAUCGGGUUUAGCCGCAAAAAUUCGAUUGGCGUAACGUAUUAUGAAUUCGUAUUGUUCUUUUUGUCAUAUUUUAUCAAUGUUUUAUCAAUAUUCUGUUUCUUUUUUCUGCGUAAUUUUCUUUUGUUGACAUCACGUUUAUAAGUUCUUCACCGUGGAUUUUUUUCAUUCGGAUCUAUUGUUUGACUGUUUGAAUAAUCUUUUUCGUCUUCAAUUUGCCAUUUGUCCCGAAUUUCGUGUAACGAUUUUAAGUGUCUUUUGCUGUUCUUUUUUACAGUUUUCACGUUUGUCUAUUUCUUUACGUAUAGUUGUUAUAACUUAUUAGUUGUAGUUAUUUAUAGCACCUGCUUCGAUUCUUCACUUCGUUUCGUUUUGUAUCUUGAAAGCAACGUAAAGAGCGCGUGAUUUUUGGACAUGUAACUAGUAUUUUUGGCUAUCACAUCGAGACUAGCUUCAGCAAUGUCUAACACUUGGCUUUUAAGACUUUCCCUUGAUAUUUUUGAGUUUUAAACUAUUAAGUUGUUUGAGAUUUAAGUUACUGCAAGAGAAAGCUUUUGAAGAUUUCCUAUCCAGGCUACAGAACCUGGCUAACACUUUGCAAAGGACCACCAAGUGUUUUUUCCUACUUUCUCUUUUCUUCAUAUCUUUUUAGAGUGGAUACAUCUCCAAAGGGUGAAUUAACCGUCAAACAACUCACUAAAACAAUCGGUCAGCUCAAGAAGAAAAUACGCGACUUCGAAGACACAUUCGAGGACGAAAACGGGCGAAGACCUUCACAAAGCGAAAAAGCGCCCAUAAAGAAGUACGUGGCAGAACUUGGCCGUGCAAGAAAACAGCUGAAAGAGCUGAAAGAACGCGCUAAAGGAGAAGCAGAACGCUUAAACGAAACUGUGCCUCCGAUGAGCGGACAAGGAUUGAAAAGCAGUAAUAGCGAACCUUUACUUACCACCACGCCCGCAAGUAUCGAACACUCCCUGGAAAGUUUGCUGAAAAAAUUACAAGAGAAGAGGAAGGACACCGGCAGACCGGAGGAGGUAGAACAAAUGAGUCGAGACCAGCUUCAAGAUGAGAAGCUGGCAGUACAAAAGGCGCUACUUCAACAUGAAAGCGUGUUCGGUCGGCCUACUAGUAAAAAUGACAAGGAUGUGAUGAGGCCUUUGUAUGACAGGUUAGUGCUAAAGUUUUGACGAGAGAUAUGAGCAAAAGGUUAGGUGUGGUGGUUGAGACUCUUUUUUUUUAUUUUGUACUUUGUUGAGACGUUGACCUGAAUUUUUCCUAGAUACCGCACAAUCAAGCGGAAACUUUCCACACCCGUCACGGAACCGCCCGUGAAAGUCCAAGGUAACCGGCCGCGCACUAGUUCAAUCGAUAGAAUGGUAUCUGAUCUGGCUCCAAUUCAUGAAGAUGCUCUAUUGCACUCACCCAGUGGAGGCUCUUCUGCUAGAAACCUUACUCAGUCUCUGCCCAUCACUGGUAGCAAGGUAGGCUGGAAUUCUUCAACUUUUUUAAUUCAAAAUUAACCAUCUCACUUGCUGUGUUUAGACACGCGUUUUUAACGUGACUGAUCCUAGCAGUUUGCAAGACCCUUGUCACAUGUACAUGGAUUUGUUCACCAAUGAACUCUUUGUAGUUGAAUUGGUAGGGCAACAGGUCGCGCAAUGGAAGGUUUAAAGUUUGAUUCCACGUGAUGGACCCAGAUUUUUCUUCGUGCCAUUUUUUUUCCAAAAGAAAAAGAGAAGAGAUUUUUUGUCAGCACCCCUCUGUGCCAGUCUUUUCUUGGAUACGCAAUUUUUUCUUUUUUAAGAUGAGAAUUUAGUUGCUGAAAAAGUGACUGACGCAGAAGGUGGACUGCUACAACUUUUUGCUUCAACAAAUAAACCCCUUUUCUUUCUCUCUUUUGCCGGGUCACACAGUCACUCCUUGUUUCAGUCUAGUAUUACGUGGUUUUUAAGAGCAAGGUCCGUACAAGCUGUACACCAUGUCAACAUUGAGUUUGCUUAUCAAAUUCGCUCUGCUAAAAACGGCAUUUUUAUCAAGAAAUAACGGAAAUUGAGUAAAGAUGAAACUAUGUGAAUGUUAUGGUAAGGUUAAGUUAUGGUUUUUCUAACAUAAAACAAUAAGUAUGACGGAGAGCAAAGUAAUAUUAUGUCAUAGGUAAAUUAUACCACAGCUUAUGCAGCAUUAAUUCUGCUUAUUGUUUAAUUUGAUUUCUUUCGGCACUUUAUUAGUCUUAUUCUAUCUUGGGAGUUAGUGCGGUGGGCUUUGGAUCGAGAGGUCCAGGUUGAAGACCUGGCUGGGACAUUUUGAUGUGUUCUUAAGCAAAACACUUCGCUUUCACUGUGCUUCUCCCCUCCCUCCCCUCCCAGGAGUGUGCAUCGACACCAGCCAAUUGUCAGGGACGCCCGGCCUGAUAAAAUGCCAGGGUAACCUCAUCCUACGGAAACCGGGAUAAGCCCAGGCUGGAUGGCUCACUUGGUUUGGGCACAGACUAUCUGUGAAAACCGGAAUCAAUGUGAAGGCGUCUUUCAUUGUUAAUAUUUACCUUAAUGACAAUAAUAAUAUUUGGUAUAUACCACAAAGGUGAAUGAAAAGCAAGUGCUAUUCACCUUCGAGCAGCCGAUGGCGCUUCAAGAGUUCAAUUCGACCAUUUUUCGGUAUAUUGAAAGAAUUAAACCAAUUUUUUGUAUCUGUUUGGUAUAUACUAAAACAGUUAUUCACCUCAGUGUCGUUCAGAGUGGUGGACAUUUUCCACUGUUUACCACCACUUCGGUGAACAAUUGUUAAUUAUUAAUUUAUAUUGCGCAGUUAUCAAUUUACCAUUUUCAGUUGCGCUUUCAGCUGAAGAUGUGGAACAGUAAUUUACGUAAGACCGCGCUUUGUUUACAGGAGUCACCCCGGAGGCGUAGUACAGGUAACAUGCCCUACACAGACACAUUAGAUGGGGAUGAUGACUCUUUUGGUGACACAAUCCAGGACACACUGACACUCCGUGACUCCGCUCAGUUCAGGGACGAGCUCAGGGAGGAUGCUAAAUUCCACGAAAUGAGCCGGUAAGCUUGAUUAUUCUUAGAAGCACAAGUGUCCACAUUGGUCAUACAGCAAUCUUCUAACUCCCAAAAUCUUAUUUGUGAUUCUCGCCUCUAGCUGUUUUACAUUUCCCUGUAGAUCACUUGUGAGAAUUUGUUUUUAUAUCAGAAUGAAAUACUGGAUGAAUGUAUCAAGUCUCAUGGCCCAUUAGCUGAUUCGUCAAGCAGUUUUUGGAUGCCGUCUGUUCUGUGUGUUUUCCAGACCGCUCCUAUUGUUUUGGAAUUCCUAUUGAUAACUUAUCACUGGAUUUUUAUUGUUUCACCUUUCAGAGAUGAGUUAAGUGAGCAGCUAGAACUGAAAAAAAAAGAGAAAAAGAAAAUGAGAAAGAAACUCAAGACAUUUGAGGAUGAGUUCUUCGAGGAAACUGGACGGUAAUAGACAUACUAGCUGACUUUCUUCCAAAAAAAGUUUCUUUAACAUUAAUUAGUAAACGUAGACUUUCGUUUUCUCGUUAAAAAAUCACAUACGAAUUUAUUUCAGUAUGUUAAAGGCGCAAAGAUUCAGUUGAGGACAAAAAAUUGAAGAAAUGAAAAGUCACCUUAGACAAACACCGCAAAAAUACCCGACACGAAUGUUUUCUGAGCUACAAUUGUUGAUGCACAAAAUGCCUUCAUCAGUGUGACGUUUCAUCGGCAAAAAGAGUAUUUUAUAAAGUCUCGUCUCGGUUUGCGCUUUUUGAAAAAUCUAGUUGGUUGUCAACACAUAGCAAAGUGUAACUUCAAGGAUUCUAAUUUGUUUUUAAUGUUUUGAUACUUAUUUUUAACUUUGCCUUCCAGGCGAGUGCAGCGAGACGACAGAGGUGAAAUGCAGAAUGAUUACCACGAGUAUAAGGUAAGAUCUGCACAGUUCUGUCUUCACUUUGUUCCAAAAAACACCACCGCGUUCUUACUUGAAAAAUGAGACAAGAAAUUCACGUGCGACUUUAUUCGAUUUAGAACGAACCUCGAUUGAUUUGCUAAGCAUUUCGAACACCUGAUCAUCAGAAUUGCUAACACGUGACCAUAAAACCACUUAAAGAAAAAGAGGUUUUUUUUUCUUCCUUUACGACAUUUCCCAUGGCAGAAUUUUCUGUCAUAUGAUGGUGAUAUUCCGUUGGGUACGUUUUCAACAACUUAAUUGUCGUUAUGCCUUAUUUCCUCUGUGAGUGAAGAAUGUCUUAUGUCGUCAUGUGCAUGACAGUAGGGUGUCUUUGUUUCAAGUAACGUAACCUAGGCCUGACGUAAGGAGUAAAGGUUCUAUUUUCGUUUUCAAAAGUUUUCGCGAUUAUUUCUUCACCCGUAGAUUUACGGAGUGAAAGUAAUCACUGUGAUAUAAUUUUGAAAUCUUUUUUCCCUUACAGCACAUAAAGCAUCAGUUGAAGCUUAUAGAGGCUUUGUUGACAAAGCGCCAAGUAACUAAUACGAUGUAAACUUUCGAGAUUUUUUCUUGUGUAUAUUAUUUCGAUUAUUUGUUAAUAGAAACGACUUUAUGAUAUGUUGAAUUUUGUAAAGAGUUUUAAAAGAAAUUAAAAAGUUAUUUUUUGUCAAACGAAAAUCGACUUGAUAUUACUGACACGGAAGAAACCCACUCACUUUGCGCCAAAAAAAAAAAAAAAAAAAAAAAAGCCUUUAGUAUUUUUGGUUCUAUAAACUGAGUUGAUAAUGGUACAUAAGCUCUCUGCUCUGACGAAGGGCUAACGCUUGAAACGUCUGAUAUAGAAACUCUUUACGGUGCCAUUUAAAUUCCCAUUUUAGUUAUUAUCGUCAAUACCCACCACCGACGCAGCACCUGAGUUUCUUAAGAGAUCACUCUCUGUUCAUUUGAAUACUAAACCAGUCUCGGUUUCGUUCAAAAUGACUUCUUGGUUACCAUUUGAGUCCCAGGAUGUUUCACUCGUUGGGUCCCGCUCGGAGCAUCUUCCGAAACAAUGCGAUUUCUUACGUCGCAUAUGAAAGCUGUUGGCCAGAAUCCCUACAACUGUAAUAAAAUCAUAUCUAUCGAACAUAAUAAAUGCAUAUCGAUUUCAAUCAUAAUUGAGGUAACAACUAAGGCGCUUAUAUCAGAAACAGCGCCUAAGCACCAGCAAAAAAGCUGGUGCAACUAUCGCUUGUACUUUCGAGUUCUUUUUACACUCGUCGGCUUUUCAUUGGAUAACCUACUAGAGAGAGUCUGAAUAGAAUGAGAGUGAUCACAAUUUGAUUUGCGAAUGAUGAGCGGUUGCAAAACGAGUAGGUGCUUAAUCUUUUAUCUCUCGAGGUUGGUCGAUGAACGCAGAAAAACCUAAUAGUUCUGUAGAGGACUGCCCCAAAGUUUUUAAGGGUAUCCCGGCAUUUUACAUAAACCGGGAGAAAAAAUUCACAAUUUGUCGCUUAGUUUCCGUAUUUAACUGUUUCGUUUCGAUGUUUUGCUGUUUUUUACAGUCGAAACACGGCAUUGGGUUCCUCGAUUCUUUGGAGUUACGCCUCUAGAUACCGAAUUUCAAUGCCCACUUAUGCGAUCGAGGGAUAACCAUUCUAAGUCGAUGUAUCAAAUUGCUACUUCGUGAAAAAGAGACUACUUUUGUUCGCUGUGCAAUGGACUCUGGACAGAAACAGUGCCUAAGUUUCGAAGAAAGCAUCUUCCUGCUUACCGGACGCUCAUGGCCAUUAACUAUGCAAGAGACUCGAGGUAGCAGACAAAGUGUGCUGAUAAUGAAAGAGCAGGUAAACUGUAUUUAUCAAAACAUUUCAUCAGGAAGAGUUAGUUUUUUGAUAUGGCGGAAAUAGCAAAAUGUCUAACAACUGUUAACCCAAAUGGCCAUAACUUUUCAUAGGAAUAUUUAUUCAUUUGUUUCAAGUAUAUGUUCAUAUGAUGCAGCCCAUAAAGCCCUAGAGAUUUCUUCCGUGAAAGAGGAAGUCUUUCUCCUGGGUAUCUAAGUUUUAAAACUCGCUUUUAUUGUCAAGGCCUUUGUUUAAGAGUGAUUAUUAGUGGUGACUUACAGUAAGGAUUAAGCCUUUCUGGAUGCCUAUUCAAUGGAAAAUUGUUCUUACCUUGCAAAAAUAGAGAAAAAUAAUAAUAAUAUAUCAGUUUUUGAAGAGGUUCUGUACGAUUCCUGAAGAACAAACUUUGCGACUCUACUUCCGCAGAGGAAACCGUUUGGAAGAAAACCAAAUAACUUCAGUUUACUAGAAGCUUCUAUUGAAAUCUUUGACUACUUUUAGUUGGAUUUCGAUAUCGAAUGGGCGGCUUUUGAAGAAAAGGGCACCCAAUUGAGUUUGUAGCACAAUAACGAUUUUAAUUACAAUUUGUUUAUAUAGUAGAGAGCCGAACCAAAAAAAGUUAAUCCCUUGAAAAACGCUGGAGACUGAGUAAAUAAUUGAUAUCAAGUGGAACAAAGGAAAAGUGUGAUUAAAAAACUUCUAGUCGGUAAGAAACACGUUACCGAAUGGUCUCCUAAGUUGAGUUUUCUUUAUCAUUGCAUAAAAUCUUGAAUUACAAUGAAAUAAAGACGUAACAAAGAACGGUUACCAACCUUUGAGAGCUAACAAACCAGCAGUUUAGUGAAGAAUUGGAAAACACUCAGCUCAGGUUUGCCGGCGCACCGAUCUGCCAUUUGUUUUCUUGGACACUACAACCGUUGAGAUGAAUACCAACCAGAUGAGAACAUCUUUAUAGUGUUCCUUCCACAGUAACUCUCAAAAGAAGAGUUUCAAUUUUGAGUACUUUCACACUUUGCCCGUCUAAUUUCUAGAAAAUACAUCGUAGACACAGACUGUGUUCUCUUAACGCAUUUCAACCACGUGUCUAACCCUGUUUAGCUUUAACAACAGUAUAAACAGACUAAAGAAGGAACCUUUCAGUGGGAAGUGUAACAGGUAAAUGAACUUCCUGCAUUUAAGGACUCGGAACACAUGAUAACCUGAUGUUCACUUGGCAACAAUUGCCCCUAUUGACAGAUAAUUCUUUUUGCUUUGCUUUUGUAUUGUUCUGUUUUGUUUUGUUGUUUUCUUCCUUGUCAGAGUCUGUUAAACCGGAUCCUCAGUGAUGCACACUCGCUGGCCGUGAUAACCAGCGCUAAAAAACCCUCUCUGUCUUCCUUAUGAUGUUAAAACGAGCAAAUAAAUCGAAGCUGUAUCGAACUUAUGGGAAACUAGAAACCUGUGCUGUCCUCAAUUAACACCGUUCAGUAUUCCAGCUCUGCUUUUCAUAUGAUAAUGAUUCCAAGAAACUUGUCACUUCCCUCGCUGCCAAGUGUCAAUUAUCGCAAAAAAAGGUUUCGCUCUAUUCCCCAAAUUAAUUCCAUAUAGUCUUUCAACUGUAGUUUGACGAAGAAGUUCAUCAUCAAAGAAACAUCCUUUAGAUGCUGAUAACAAUAAUGUUUUCCGCCUGAAGGACAAAGCAUAUAUUGUGCUAAUGAUGAGAUUGAUAAAGGUGAAGAAAAAAGAAAAUACCAGAAAAUUCUAGCCGAUGACUAGUGUCAAGAAGGAAAAACAGGAAAAAUUUGUAUCCAGGUUUUUCGAUGCCCUUUGGUGAUCUCAAAGUACGCUCACAUUUGGGGUUUUAAAUAGUACAGUGACACAUUUUGCCAAGCGGAACAUGCGGCUUUCAUUUUCGGAUUUUCCAAAAUUGUUGAUACGAUCUAUAAGUGAAUAACUUCCUUGAAUUAAACAUAGAAGUAAACGAAUUUAUUUCGGACAUAUGCACUGAAUCAGGAAGCUAAGCAUUUUGUUUGCGAUCAUCGUAGCUUUUGUCUUUGCGUUUAAUACAAUUUGCUCAUAAUGCCUCCAUAUUGGAGAAUUUUCAUUUUCUCUCCCUCCCUACCCUAACUAAAAUUCAAACGACGUCCGUAAAUAAGCAAAGCAUCAAUCUUACGAGGUACAUUACUGCGAGAGAUCGAUGACUUUUCAAUUGAGAAGAAAUACGACUUUUUGCUGAUUAGCUGAAUUCAGUUGAAUAUUCUGUUUUCAAAAGUCCGCUCCCCUCCCUGAAGAAGUGAAUAUUUUACCCAUAACACUCCUCUCUCCGAGCACUUCCGUAUUUCGGGGAAAUUCCCUACUUUUCACGAUGGAAUAAUUUCGACAAAUUUAACCUAUGUUGAAUGAUUUCAAUCGUGCUUUUGGUACUAAAUUAGACACAAUUGUAAUGCUUUAAUUAACGCUUGGAGUUUUGCCGUCGAAGAGAGCAAGAAAGUUCCGUUGUUAGACAAACUGUACUGUCAAUACUAUGGAAGCCCACCUAAUUUCACGGGCUUUGCACUGAGUGAAGUUUAGCUUAGCAUUGAAGAGUUGAGCUACGUUCAGCGGUUCAUGAGGUAAUUUAGAUAGAAAUAUUCAAGGCCGUUUUAAGUUCGCUGCGUAUGCUUACCUGCAGUAGUUUUUAACAGAAGUUUAUGCAUUGGAAACGUUUGAAUUCAUGUUCUUUGCUAUGAAAACAUCUACGGAUCAUUGAGUAGUCUAACAACUUUUUUUUUCAAACCUUGCUUCUCUUUGCAAACUUUUACAACAUCACUCGCAAACGGUUUCCUUGAACUUCCUGUUUGUUGUACAUUUAGUAUAGUAGAAAGGAUGGCAUAUUAAGCUGUUUCAGUCGUGACAUUCUAUUUGAGCCACAAGUUUGUGCCCAGUUAGAUUACAGUGAAUCGAACCUCUUGAGUAAAUUUGAACUUUGAGGUUUUUAAUCGGUACUGAAUACAAUAGCUGGGGAAUUUUCUUGUAUCCUGUUCAAUACCCCCGUGUGAAAUUCUUAUCUACCGCUUACCGGAAUUGAAUUCGAUCGAUCGCAAGGAUAAUGUCAUAAUUAGCUUUAUUCAUGAAAUGACAGCAGAUCUAGGCCUGGCACUGAGAAACCUAUUAGGCCUCUGAAUGCAGGCAGCUACAUUCAGGGUACACAAUUCGAAGGUUUUCAGCUCAUCGAUGACCUUACUAACAGUUACUUUUGUAGUACUAGAUGUUCUGUUCUGGAAUGUGUAAUGCUUGUAGUUAUUAACGGCAUUCAUUCAAUUACUCCAACAUAAAUUUGGAAUUGAGAGCAUCCGGAAUAUACUCGAUGUUAACGUUGAAUCCUUAAUUUCAGGAUUGAAUAGUCAUCAUAUUGCUGUAAGUUAUAAUUUAUAAUUUGUGAUGAUUCAAGCAUAUUUACAAGGACAGUUUUCUCUAAAGCUUGGUCCAGUCAUUUACUUGCAACAUAACAUAAAACAUCGUACCAAACAAAACUUAGAUUCUUUUCAAGGUAUCUUAUUAUAUUGACUUGAUGAUGUUAAUGUUUCUGAUAUGUAGAAUGAUUUCCAUGAUAUUUUGGUGUAAAACAAUGUUAAACUCUGGUGCAGUACUCUAGAUUACAAAAAGAUCACAUUCAUUACCCUUAAACUUCCUAAAGUCCUCAAUCUAACUCCUCCUUAUAGCUUGAAAGGAAUUGAUCCAUUACUCUGUCGAUGAUGGCUAGUCAACAGAAGACAAGGGUGUCAUCUUGGUUUAAAACAAAUCUUUCUCAACUGAUUUACAAGGAAUGAACACAGUAUAUACAAGCUAGCUAUGAUGUCAUGGAUGCUUUUGUUAAUACCAUGGGGUCUUACUUAAAUAUCUUUUCUUUUUACUUAAAAUAAUCUCACGGUUUAUAUACAUAUACAACAGCGGAUCUUGAUUUCAGCUCAAAGACUAUAUAAUCCAGCAAUCACUAAUCUGCUAUUAAAAAUUUCCACUUCAUAUCCUGCCAUGAUUUUUACCUGCAUCCACCCAAACUUUUUUGCAGCUGACUCUACUAAUGAUUCCUUCCAUUAAUAUUGCUUUUAAUUUGCUUUAAAAACAGGAUCUUCAUAAAUUAAAUUAUUACUUCUUAACAAAUCAACUCUGUAAGAGAUUAAUUAAUAUACAAGUACUUAAGUGUAAGGAAAUUAAAUUUUCUGUCUUUCAACAGGAGAUGGAACAUGCAAGACAGAGGAAAUCGUCACGGGAGGGGUGGGUGGAAGAAAGGUGUCUUGGUACUGGGACCUUUGGAACUGUUAUGCUUUUUGAGAAUAAGGUAUCCUUAUUAACUCUCUACACUCCUCUAUCAGUAUAUAAAUUCUCUAUUCUGUUCUCUAUACAUUUCCUAUGGCACUGACUGGGAGAAUUAUUGAUUGAUCAAGAGUUUCUUGAGUUGUUGAUCAUUUCCUUUAUUGUCAUGACCUUAUUGUUUGAGUCAGCAGUGAGAGUGUCAGGAGAAAUUAGAAGCCAAUCACUCUUAGGGGUUAAAGAUUUAAAACACCAUGGCAGACAUUUUAAUUUCCGAAGUUUUCCAAAUAUCUGGGAGUUUUUACUUUCUUUCUCUUAUAUGUAUUAAAUUUUGUCUAACAAAAAUUUGACUCAUAAAGAGUAUUUCAAACCAAUAUUUUACAUGAAAUGUUAAAGUACAGUUUAAAUCACUGAUAGCAUUUGAAAGGUGGGUAAUUUUGAGCUCUGCAUAUGUCCUUGAAUCAAGAAAGAGGUAACUUUUGCCUCUGUCUCAGUUACACAAUGUGGGACCAAAGCAAAGAUAGCUUCUUUUGUUGGUGAUCAUUUUCUGUUUUAUUUUCACCUCAUGUUUGAUUCAGGAGUGAUAUAAUGUAAGGAGAAAGUAGAUGCCAGUUAUAGGUCAAAGGUUUAAGGUAAAUUGCAGUUUGCAUGACAUUUUUUAUAGAUUUCAAAGGAACAAAUAGCCUUGAAGAAAUGCCGCUUGACAUUGAAUCCUCAAAAUGAGAAACUAUGGCAGCAGGAAAUUGACAUCAUGAAGAGGCUUCAUCACCCCAACCUGGUAGCAGCUAUUGAAGUUCCACCACCACUGAAUGUCAGUGUGAAUGAGCUUCCUCUCCUAGCCAUGGAAUUCUGUUCUGGAGGAGAUUUGAGAAAGGUGCACUUAAAAAUAUUUAAAAUUAUUCAAAUUAUGUAAUUAAUUUUUAAGAAUUAGUCAGUAUUACAGUAUUUGGGAAAUUGAGCUGGUGGGACCCAGUAGAAUGCCUUGGAAUCCCCAGGCACCUGCUUUCCAUUAAAGGUUUGCAAUGGUUAAAGAGUUGAAAAAUGAUUGUAUAGUUUUUAUUUUAUUGUUACUUGAUUUUAACUGUUAAAAAACAUUAUUGGCUUUCAUGAGUAAUGAAAUGUUCAAUAAAUCUUUAUGCUUAUACAGGUACUGAAUUCCCCAGAGAGCUGCUCUGGGCUGAAGGAAAAGACUGUUCUGAAGAUUGCUUUAGAUGUUGGUGAGAAAUUUUUGAAACUAAGAGUGAUUUUGAAAAGCCUAUUAAUUACUAGGAGCAUGGUUAUAUUAACAGUGCUUUUGGUAAGUUUUGAGGUAAGAUGAGGCUAGAAAGGUUUAACCAAGAUGGCCACAGAAACAUAUGUUAGAUGGGUGAGCCUGAAAGGGGUUCUAGGAGAAAGCAUCUCCAGAAAAUUGUGAAAAAUGUCACAUUUGAUUGUUAUGAGCAAGCUGUACAUUACAACAGAUUCAACUAAUGUGGUUAGGUAUGCAAUUAAAACAGUGCUGUUGAUGUUGUUGUUGUUUUUUUUUUUGAAAAGCGGCUGCAGUUGAAUUUCUUCACGGUCAUCGCAUUAUACACAGAGACAUCAAACCUGAGAACAUUGUGAUAAGUCAUGCACAAAGUAAGGUAAGAAGAAAUUGAGCACAUUAAUGUGGAAUUAUGCAAGACAUGGAUUAUUACAAUAAAGCCUGCUUUAUUGUAAUUCUUUGAUCAGAGGCAAACUUGUAGACAGAUUAAUAUUGACAUUGCAAGAUUCUGGAAUAGCAUUCCAUUUGUAUCCCGGAGACCUUUACUUUUACCCAACUGCUCUCCCACUGUAGAAUGAUGCUCCUUGUUUUCUACAAUUGUAGAAAAUAGGAUGGGGGAAGAGGGUUAUCGGAGCAAACUGGUCUUUAAUGUAUUUUUCAUUAAUUUCUAAUUAAGACCUUAAAAGUGGGGACAUGGAUUCUAUGCAUCAACUAAUUUUUUUGCCCAUUGGUAGCUUAGCUGCAUAAAAAACUGUGCUUGCCUUGAAAAUCUCAGUCAUCUAGUCAAAAUAUUGGUAAUUUUGCUUUGACCAGUGGAAGAGGUAGUGUCUCAAUGGCUAGACCAAAAGUCAUGGUUUAAAAUGUGGGGGUUCAUUGUGUUAUGUUCCUUUAUUUUUGAAACUUAAACAUUUUACAUUUAUAGUGCAGUUUACCAUUGUUAUUUGUAAUUUUUUUUUUUCACUUCACCCCCUUCCAGGUAGUUUACAAAAUUAUAGACCUUGGCUAUGCUAAGCAAUUGGAUCAAGAAAGUCUGGCUACUACUUUUGUGGGAACUCUUAAAUAUGUGGUGGGUAUAUACUACUUUUACAAACUGUUUGAGGUUGGUUUUGUUAGUUACAGAACAAGUUUCUUUUACUUGGAUUUAUGGCCCAUUACUUUCAAUACAGAUGGAGAAAUCUGCUAUUUAUAUGCCAUUUUAAAAGAAGUUGUUAGUUUGGACCAAUUUUGAUUAUUUUGUUCUUUUCAUAGGCCCCUGAACUUCUUGGUAGAGUCAAAUACACAAAAACAGUAAGGGCACUAAUUAACCUACACAGUUAUUAUUAAUAAUUAGUGUUUGAAUGGUUUAGAAAGUUUUUUCCAGCAACAACCAUUUGAUUUACUUUUUAUGAACCUCUGAAUUUUUUUUUUGACUCCACCCAUUUAGUUACACUGUGUACACUGCAAUGACCCCUUCUCCACAAUAGCUGCUGAUAGUGUGCCACAACUACCAAUGUAAAAAUUAAACCUCUUAACCUCCUCUGAUGUCCAGUUAACCAUCAACUCAUGAACAGUGUAAAAUACCUGACAACUCAUUCAUGCUGUCAAUCCUUGACAGCUUUAUUUCCCUGAAGAAAGCAUAAAUAAUAUAUAAAUCUAUAUUACCAACAAGCAAUAUACUUCUUGUACCUGUACGUUCACAAUCUUUGUUUAAGUUAUUUGCCUAUUAAAUCCUUAAAAAUGUACAUAAGGGUUUUGUUUUUCAUCAUGACUGGUACUAUUUGAUUUACAGGUAGAUUAUUGGAGCUUUGGUACAGUGUUGUUUGAAUGCAUCACAGGACUGCGACCUUUCUUGUCAGAACUGAGCUCUCCAGUCCAGUGGUAUGAAUAGUUGGAAAUAUGAAAGUUACUUUCAUUUAUUUAAAAGUUACAUGCAAGUUUAUUCAACUGACACAUCUCGCAGAUUUUCGUCUGGUUGUAAUUCUCCCAAUUCUGAUAAUUGUUAUAUUAUUGGUAAUGAAUCAACUUUAAACCCUUGGUCAGAGAUAAUCAAUAAACAUGUAUGUAACUUUGCCUUACACUAUCAUUUCUGAUUUUACCUUUUUUUUCACUUUAUUUAAUCACAGGCAAUUUAUUAGCUAUUUACAAAGGAUUAAAAACUGUUAACUAAUAAUUACAUUAAUCACACUAUUAAUUUCACUAUAUUGCUGUUUUCCAUGAAUGCUGUGCCUUAGAGAGAGCUUUUUUGAUUUCUUGUUUGAACAACGCGAGGUUAUUAGCUAGUAAUCUCAUAAUCAUCCUGUGAGAAUAGUUAAUAAACUUGUCAGCCUGUGGGUACUAACUUAACAUAAACUAUAAUUAAGUUUUGUCAAUUUAUUUACAAGGAAAUUGUCAGUUACAGGAAGGUAGAAUUUCAAAUCUUAUUGUAUUAUUUUAUGGGUUAAAAGAUAGCCUCAAUAAAAUUCCAUUUUCUUUGCUUGUUCUCAUUAGGUACCAAGAACUUAAUGGCAAAGGACCAGAUGACAUUUGUGCUUUUGUUGAUUUGCAAGGUAGUUAAAACCCUUUAACUCCCAGAUCAAAUUUGUAAUUCUCUUUACUGCCAACCAUACAAUUUCUAUAAAGUUAGCUCAGAGAAUUUAGUAUUGGAUUAACUAAUUAUCCCUAAAUUGAUAUUUUUCUUUAUUCUCAUCACUUAUUUGGUUUAUAUUGUAUUGAUGUUGUAAGGAGAAAUUCUGUCUUGGUCACUCAUGAGAGUUAAAGGGUUAAUAUAAGUUAAGACAGUACCUAGCUUUCCAUCUGUUCAUUAUUACUUUUUCUUUGUAUAACAAAGCUUUUAUCAGUAAGGUUUUAAUUGGUGAAAUGACUUCUUCUCAAUGCCACAGCAGAUAGAUUUUAACCCCUAGUGUGAUAAGAUUGAUAAUUGCAGUUACUGUAAAAUUUUGACAAAAGUAAGUCUCAGUUACUCAAAUUUCUAAUGUACUGUGGUCUUCCAAAAAUUUUAUGGCACCUUGACAAGUCUUACCUGGUGUGAAACUAGAAUCAUGUAGUUAUAAGUACUUGACAGGUUAAACUAUGGUAUUUUAUGGUGACUGUGAUAAUUUUAUUUCAGGGGAAGUACAAUUUAACUCUGUGCUACCAACUCCCAAUGCUCUCUGCAGGUGUGUAACCUAUAUCAGUUUGGGUAAUCGAUAUAAUGAACAUCAUGUAGCGUUCAUCUCAGGCCAAAGUCUGGUGUUAUCGUAAGGGGCUGUAAAGGGGCAAAGUGUGACUUCAGUUCUCAAUAAUUUUUAAGCACAGGAAAUGCUCCCAAAACAAGCUGUAGUGUGGUAGAUAAUGGGGAGAAGAAGAGAAAGAGGAACUGGUUUUUCUUGUGACGCUAUUAUUUUCCAAACGUUAACUCAAAGGAGAAAAUUAUAGCGGUAUGUUUUAAGAUUUCCGGGAAUUUGUAUGCUACAGUGUAAGGGGAAAAAGAACUGGGAAAAAAGUACGGCUUUGUGGUAGCUUCAUUGGAAAGUAUUACAAUUCUCAUACGCAUUGGUACGAAAACUUGUGAUGAAGCUGAGCAAUUUAAGUUGCAUUGUUUUAAUUUGUUCCUCUUGCAGACCUCUUCAGGACAAGUUUGUAGCGCUUUUGCGGCUGUUGUUGUUAUGGGAUCCCACGGCACGUGGGGGAUCAAAGCUUGAAAGUGGAAAAAUUGAGUGUUUUGAUAUGCUGGAAAGAAUCAUCAGUACUGUGGUAAAUGAAAAUUUUGUUACGACACUGUUUUUUAAAUCUGUUGGCUUAAAUUAAUUUUACUUUUUGGUGGUUUUUUUUUUUCAGGUAGUACAUGUGUUCGUAAUUCAUUCAAGCAUAGUACAUUCAUUUGAAGUGUUCCCAACUGAAACGUAAGUGUGAUGAGCUCAACGCUCUAAGUUGAUCCUCGUCUUCAGUACGUCAAUUAUGUUUAUCAAAUAGUUUCCAUAUUGCUGUGGGUCUGUCCAGUGAAACAUCACAGAUAAAGUCAAAUGUGGUGAGAACAAAAGCGUGGCACAGAGGCGCAACUGAGUGUGUCACCGACGUACUCACCACAUUUUAACGUCUUCCGUGAUCUAUUACUGAACAGAAACACGGCAACAAUGAAUCUAUUUUGUACCAAAUGAUGACAAAGCAAAAUUUUUUGACGAUGGUGACGUCAUCUAUGUGACGUCAUAAAGCCAUUACAUCAUAAUUAAGAACCAAUCAAAGUGCGUACGUAAUUUAGCUUUACAUAACAACCCUUUACACCCUGACAUCAGUAUGCAUAUUCUCACUGCUGUUCUCUAUACAUUUCCUAUGGUGCUAACAAGGAGAAUUUGUUUAGCAACCAAGAGUUUCUCUAGUUGGUGAUAAUUUCCUUUAUUCUCGUGACCUUAAAGCGUGAUACAGGGGUGAUAUUGUAAGGAGAAAUUAGAUGCUAGUCACUCUUAGGGGCCAAAGGGCUAAGUAUUAGAAACAUCGUGGUCGCCUUUGAGUCCUUUAGAUGAUGAAAUCUUGAAUGAUUCAAUUUGGGAAGUAGAGAAGGUGCAGUGUUGGAAUCCUCCUCUCUUCCAACUGUUGGGUUCGAUGCCCGCCUAAAAGAUAUGCUUUGUGUGGGCCGGGAAAACUCGUGUAGCACAUGUGAACUUUCCUUUUUCACUAAAUCACAGUGUAGAGGAUCUACAAGUAAAGUUAUGCGAGGAAACUGGGGUGGAAGUAAAAGAGCAAGAAUUGAUGAUGGUGUCAGGACAAACACUUGAGCCAAAGACCCUGGUCAUGGACUGCAUCAAACAUGAUAUCGUAAGACUUACAAGCUGUAUUUUGUAAUCCGUGUCUUGAGUUUUGUUUAUAAAAUAAUUUCUAGUUGAUCUGGUGGAUAAAUUUUAAGAUUUUGUGUCAAUCGUUUCAAUAUUCCUCUUGAAUGUCAGACAGUCAUUAAAUGUGUUGAAAAAAAAAAGAUAAGGAACAAUGUUUAUAAACCUGUAGGAAAAGUAGUAAGCUUUUAGCUAAAAGAGAAAAUGUAAAUGUUAAAAAUCUAGGAACUUAGUUAUAAGAAAUGCCAAAAUUUAGUUCGUAAGAGUGAUAAUAAAUUGGUUUUCUCGAGAUAUUAACUCACAACGCUAAGUGUAGUCACAAUCUUUUGAAUUAUCUUAAAUUUUUCAAGUCAAUGUAGGUACUGUGUAGACACUCUCCCUCCCCUCUAACACUGGGGUAUAAAUAGGACUGUUUUGUUCCUAGAAAUAAAACAAAGAACUUACAUUGGGUGUUGCUUGUGUUGUUUUUUCGCAGAUGGGAGAAGAUAAUGUUUUGUACCUUUUACCGAAAAAUAACGAGCCAGCAACCAAACGUCAACUAUACACCUUACCGCCUUCAGUACAAGGAAUGGGUAAGAGUUUGCUUAUGAGAGCAAUCAGCUUAUUUAUACUGAGAAGGUAGGAAUAGAGAGGGCAGCUUUGUUGAGUGAGGUAAGAACGUCAGGUUUACAAACCGAAGGUCCCGGGUUCGAGUCCCGUUCUGACCACCAAGCCCCAAAGGUUGGAUAACGGUAUUCACUGAAUAAAUCCCCAUCUCAUGGAUAGCGUGGUAGUUUUUGUUAUCAAUUUUCCGCUGGAGAGCGAUUUAUCCGUAGGAUAGCGUUAUCCGCAUUUUGAACAACUGAGCCUAGAUGGAUUUGUUUCUCGGUAGAGCUGGAAUAAAUUUCUUUACCGCGCUUCUAAACAGGCAACUAGUUUUGAUUGUGGCAGUUGGAGUUGUCAGCAUCUUAUUUUUGAUUUUGAUUGUUUGUAUUAGUUUAUUUGUCAUCAUUAUCAUUAUUUUUGGCUUAGGUGCUUGAAACGAAAACCAGAUGAGUAGAACAUUUCAGAUAACGGUUUGAUUUUCAUCUUAUCUUGUUGCUCUUUUUCAGUCACCGAACAAAAAUCAUUGAUGGCUUACGAGGUAAAUUACUCAACUCCCCUCAGAAUAUAGCAGUUCAUGUUAGGUUCUCUUACUCCGAUGUCAUGCAAUUUUGUACUCUGUAUUCUUAAAACUUAAAUAAAUUUUUUUUUCAGGAAUUAAAAAAGGCUUUAGCUCAAGGGGUGCACUUUUGUCGUGAGCAGAUCAAGAUAAAUCAGCGGCUGAUUGACGGUGUCAGAGCUGCCCAGUGAGUUAUAAACGUGCACAUAUUUUAACUUUACACGAAAGAAUGGUCUGUUUGGCUUGUCGGUGCACAGUUUUGAAAUCGCUCCAGAGUUAGGUGGGAAAAACUUUGUAAGAUGUAACCGGGCGUCUUGAACGAACGAACAGGCUCGCAUAGUUCGAGCGGUCAUGCGCUACGAGGCAGUUUGUAAUUUUCGUCGUUUCACUUCUACUCACUGUCCAAUUUAAACAGACACUGGGCAAAAUUGGAUUUUAGUUGUCAAACAGCCGAUGGGGAGAUAGAUACACCUUUAGACAACCUAUUAGGGACAUAUAGAAAUAUCACCCAGUGUUUUGUUUAUCAUCUUAUGCUUCUUAGGACAGAACUCUUUUUGGGGGAAUACUUAUAGUCAAUGAUUCUGUUAUGCAUCUAUUUGUGAACGAUUUCGACUUCUCUUUCAGGAUUUCACUGUUAGUUCUAAAUACCAAACUUGGACAACUCAAGACUGAGCUUCUAGCUGAGUACGAUAAACUGAAGGCAAAAAUUGAAUUCUUCAACUCAAGGUAACUCAACCGUAGUGAGUUGAAAUUGUGUAAAAGUAUUGUUUGUUAAUCAGUACUUUUAUUACUUUUAAUGUAAUCAUGAAUUGGUUUAUUCUUUAGUUUGGAGACAGAUCUAGAGAACUACGCCGACAAUGCCAGUCUCAUGAAAAGUGAGUUGAAUUACAUUAAACUCCGUGUUGUUGUGAUGGUGGUGAAAUUAAACCGUCGAAGAUCUUUUCUUUAAUAAAAUAUAAAAGAUGAAAAGUAAUGGACGCUAUUUUUGUUUUGCAGAUGACAAACUGUUAAGAAACUGGAAACGGGCGCAGAAAAAAGCGGAAUCAUUCUAUAAUGUGAGAGGAAUUAUAAAACUUACCGUAUAAACAGUAAUUAAAUUAACAGUAAUAAACUCUUCCAAGUUAAUCGCUCAGGAUGGAUCGUUCUUAUGUUGAACGGUACAUUACUGCCUCGUUCCUUCAAUUAAUGGAAACUAUUUAGUAAACCUCCUUAAGAUGAAGAGUUUGGUAUCCUCGAUGUGGAAAGCAGACGAAAAUUUACCAGGAAUUUAGAAACCAAUCCCCCUUCUAGCCCCAGUUCGCGUGGCUAUCCACAUGAGUUCGAAAGCCGCGCGGAUUGGGGCUAGGAAGGGGAUUGGUUUCUAGCAGGGAGAUUCGCAUUAUUCCAACACUGGAGAGUACACCGAACACCCUUGUUGUUGAAGUCCUUUUUUAAGUAUUUAAGGGCAGGUGGAUAGUAUAUUUCUAGAGUGUUGUUCCUUUUUUGGCUUUAAUAGACCAUUUUUGCCACUCAUACAAAUGCUAGUUUGAUUUCUUUCAGAAUGAUGUAACACAACUUAGAGAUUUAACAGCAGCUCUACAGAAUAAAGUGGUUGAGUUGCAAAAGGCGACAUGUUCAAAUGCCGUGCAAUCUUCUAUGAAAAUUGAUCAACUUAGGUGAAAACCUCUUUUUUUUCAAGCAUUUGAUGUAAUUCUUGCUUUUUCUUCUUUGUUGGUAUAACAUGCUUCUGAUGUUCAAUUAUCACAACACCGUUUUUCCACUGGUUUCCCACUUUCUUGCAGAAAAAAAUCGCAUGAUAUUUGGCUGAUUAAUAUACAUAUAUUUGGUCAGAAUAUGCUCCAAACUUGUCGGUACUCUUAGACAUUAUCUUUUACCGAAACAUACUUUUCGCGACGUUAGACCAAAGCUGGUUUUGGCCAAAUUGGAGUUAAAAUCUUCAGACAGCAAUUGAUGUAUGACUACCUGGAUUCUGUUACAAUACACUGGAGUAGCAGGUGGCCUGGAUUCAGAUUAAACAAAGAGUAGGACUGGCUUUAGGUUUUUAGGUUUAAUCAUUCUAGCGCGGUUUCUGUUUGAAAACUUGGUCCCAUACGUUUUUCUUUGGUCACAGGUAUGAUCGUGCUGUUCAGCUGUAUGAGAACCUCAGACAAAGUAAGUGACGAUUUGCCUCUUUCAUGUUGCAAUGAAACCGGUCUCUUAUCUCGGCUCACUCCAAGUGGAUCGUCGGCGCUAACGACGAGCCAGUGUUCGUCUGUACAAGAGUUUUCUAAUGUUACCCAAGAUAACACUUCUUGUUGUGUUUUAAGGCGACAGACGACCUGCAGAUUGUGAAAACAUGGCCACAGUAAUUCUACAGAUCCUUGCACAAAGAGAAAAACUCCAUAGGGAGAUUUUGUCCAAUUUAAGGUAAGAGAAUUUUGUAAUUAGGAGAAUAUGUCAAAUUGUUCGUCAAAAUGCGAUUUAGUGCCGUAGCAUCCGGCUUGUGCACGGAAGGUCAUUACUUUGAUUCUAGUCAAGGACGCAGGACUCAUAGAUAAUCCACUUCUAGGAAGUUCAUAUUUGGAAGGCCGUGAAAUUAUUCAAUUCUAUGUUCUUUUUUUGAUGUUGUCCCCAAUUUUCUUUAGUGAAGUGAUGGCUUGUAGAAGAGACAUGCGCAGACUGAUGCAACGUCUUCUUCAAGUCAAAUCAAAAAUUAUUACCAGAGCGGAGGAUCUAAAAGAGGUUAGUUUAGAGAGAAGUUGUUUUCAAUUAAGAGCUGUAAAUAAUCCGAAAUUGCUUUUAUUUCUCAGUGUGAUUGGUCCAGAGACUAGCACCUUCCUUUCAAACAAUCACAUUCUAAGCUACAGCCAAUUGCGGUAUAAUCACUCAAGUUUUCCCGCGCUUCACGCAGUUUGCUUGUUUUACACAAUAUCGUUGCACCCUCCAUCUGUAGCUGUUAAGUAUAAACCCGUUAACAGGCAAUUAAGCAAUUUCUAAGCCGAUAAUAAAUUAUGUGUAUACAGAAGGCAAUAGAAAAUUGAUGUUAUCAUCUAACUGGGGUUAAAAUCCUGGAGACUGCGAUUUUUUACUUUACUCUAUUGAUUGCUUUUGAUUAUUUGUUCUCCAGAUGCAAAAACAGAGACAAGUUGAUCUUUGGAGGCUUCUCCAGGCAAAGGUUGUUCUUAAAUUAUUUUUUAUUAUUUUUUAAAAUGAAGUAUCAAAGAUAGCAUUAAUUUUCCACUUGUACGAAAGUUAACUCGCCUCCCUGUAUUGAUUGAAUUGGACGAGACACUUGACCUAGGUUUUGCAGCGUGCUCUCAUGCAUUGGGAUACCCUCCCUCAAUAAUGAACGAGUUUAAAACUAAUUGACUAGUUUUCUUUUUUUCCCCCUGAUUUCAGAGACGAAGAGAAGAGGAUCGACGCCGUUCGAUGAGCAGUUCAUAUUCAUCUUUCUCUUCGAUUGCAGCUUCAAGGUCUUUGCUACAUCAUCAGCAUAAUUGAUUUAAAUUUUUCUGUAUCAUCUCCGUUUUUCUCUCUUCUAGAUAAACAUCGAUGCCUUCUGUUGAUAUUGCUGCUUUUUCUAUUCCACACUUACCUAGCCAUACCAGAGUCAAAAUCAGUAGAGUCAAAAGUACUUAUUUUUCAUAAUUUUUCUUGUCUUCGUAGUUCCAGUACACAAUCCAUUGUUCUAAUAGAGGAGAGUUCAAAGAAUUUUGAAAAGUAAGUCCAAAAGUGGUCGUGCGAUGUUAUGCGACCUAUAAUAAUGUGUAUGGAAUAGCGAAGUGAGUCGAUUUUCAGUUGCACCUGAUUGGCCGAUAGCAUCGAAACUUCACGCUGAUUGGUUCAAAGUUGCAGUUGCACCUGAUUGGUCGAUAGCAUCGAAACUUCACUCUGAUUGGUUCAAAGUUGCUACCCCUUUUCUAGCCCAAUACUAACCGUAACUUGUGGUCAGUUGACAAUUGUUUGGUUAGGGGAGGGAUAGGUUCUCAGAUACUGACAUUGAUCCAAUGCCCCUAUACUUCUCUGUAUUUUUCAUUCACGUAAUUGUUUACCCAACUUCCGUGCCUUGCAGAUUGGCUGGACUAUUAAACACAUUGAAGAAUGAUCAGAUGAAUGAUUCAGAGGUAAACUUUUGAUUUUGAUCACGUCAACUGUGUUCUUUUGUAUUGCGCUUAUACUGACCGUGAUAUAUGCAAGAAUGGAACGAAAUCCACAAGUAACUUAACACGCAAACUUUCAUAAUAUCCGGAAAACUGGCAGUUUCCAACCUACGGCCUCGACCCAUUCCCUUUACGUCGCUGUUACCACGGUCGUUGUCAUAUCAUAAGUCUCUUUCAACAAUGAAGCAAAGAGCUGAAGAAAAAAAACUGAAUUUAAAUUUGUCAUUACGUACGCUCUGCGGCCUUGAACUUGUGUGACUCCUGGGAGGAUUGGUUUUUAGUAUAGGUAAUCACUCGAUUGUUAGUACACUUUGUUAUAAAUAGGGACGAGUUACGUUUUCAAAAGAAUAAAAUUGCGCGAACCCGUCGAGGCUUUUAUUCAAAAUGCUCCUCCUCCUUCAAAGGCCAACUGAAGAAGUGAGUCACUGGGACUUGAAAUUUCUGAGUCAUAAACUCCCAAGACUGACUACCAUCUAAUUUGUCUAGACAGCAUCGCUACAAAAUUUAAGAUCAUGAGAGUAAAGGAAAUGAGCUCUUCUCCUUGUCAGCACAAUAGGAAAUUUAUAAAUAACAGUAUGGAGAAUGUGCAUAUUGAUGCAAAGGUUUAAAGGGAGAAGGGUUUAUGUGAUGAUGAAGUUAUGGAAAUUUACCUCAGUUUCUGGUUUUUUUUUCUGUUUUUGUUUUAGAUUUUCGAUUGGGAAUUCCUGGAGGAAGAAAGUGAUUCACCACAAAAAAAAACUGUGUGAAGUAUGUCGGCGAUUUGUAGUGUCUUAAAAAGUGACUGCUGAUUGAUUUUCAAAAAUUACAAUGUGAGAAGUAUGCACCACAAUUUUCGGAGUAUUAAGCGGACUUAUGUACAAACCAUUUGCCGAAAUAAAAGAAAUGGGGGUGAUAGUUUUCAGCACUUUCUUGUUAAUAACAAGGUUUUUAGCUUCUUUAUAAUGGACUUUUGUGAAACACCAUCCAAUGGUUGUUUCGUAAAUGCUGUUUGCGGGGGUUUUACUCGGCGAUUUUUUUAACUGUGUAUAGCGUCGUAAGUAUCUUGAUGC